AUAGCUCGCCCUAACUGAUUUGGCCGUCAUACCAUCCUAAUCCGCUCAUCAUGGCUCAUCCCUUUUACGUAAAACCCGUUCCCAAUAGCCCCACGACCAAACACUCACCAAAUUACAAAGAGUUAGACUAACUCUCCCCAUUUUUCCUAAAUUGCGCUAUCUGAGCCCCAUGACUAACCUUUGUCUGUCAGCUUCCUGUUUGGCGGAACCGUCACAUUGCUCGUCGGGAUAUACAGGGAAAGAAUGGAGAUUCAUAAAAAACUCCUCACAAGCUUAUCUCCAGAGCUCACCAAGCACGUCUACAACAACAUGAGAGAGGGCACCGAGAACACUAUAGGUUUACCGGAAGAGGAAGGAGAGACGAUAACGCAUUUCACCGAAUGGGCAUACACCGGAGAAUACGCCCUCUACCCCCCUCCCGCCAACACGAAUAGCUACACGGAGCCGGGACAGGAUCCAUGGUCGAAUCUUUACAAACACCUUCAGAUCUACGUAUUCUCAGAUAAAUUCAACAUACCCAUCCUAAAGCGGCUCGCAGAAUCGAAAUUUCACAGCGAGAUUAGCCCCCUCCAUCCAAAUGGGGGGAAAGAUGUGGUCGGCCUUGUCAAGCUGAUAGACCACGCAUAUAAAAACAUUCCCAACUCAGAUCCAAUCCUGAAAUUUCUGACGCAAUACGCUUCCUGGAAGUUGGAGUUGCUACGCCCGUCGGAGAGAUUCCAUGGAUUGAUGUUGCAGCGGCCGGAAUUCCUGAAGGCUUUGCUCAUGAAUUUGCAGGGGCCAAGCACCAAGCCUACGGCCGCAGCACCGCAAUUUCACCAGACACGCGGUGAGACAGCGAGACUCUUCGGAUAGUAUAUCCCGAGAUAAGGCAGUUCUCCCUUAGCGGCAAAGGUCCGAACGGUGGUUGUGAGCUCACAAUUUUUAUCUCUUUUGUUCAAAUGAAUACAUUUGAUACUCUCUCUUUCUCUCUUGGUGGCUUUCUGUAACCUGAGCAAGAACACAAAAUCUAUCAGGCUUAACAUCG